AUGAGCCAAACUGGUUCUUCAAGGCUGGAACUGUUGGUGCAGGCCCUUUCGGCCCGGCUGGAACUUUUGGAGCAGGACAAUCGUGACUUACAGGCUCGCGUGGCUCGCUUGGAGUCCGAGGGCUACGUGCUGGUGCGGGGGGACCCGGACCACUCGACAACGCCUCCGCGGCCCUCGGGCUACGACUUGCCUACCUCGACCUCUACCUCUUCGCCUGCUCGCCCGCCUUCGGUGGCCUGUGGGUCUUCGGGGUCCUUGACGGCGAGCUCUUCGGCAACUCCUUCGGACGCCUUCCGGCAGCGGGUGGCGGACGACAUUGGGGCCUACAUUCAGCGCUGCCUCUCGGGGAACAACCGUGGCAGCAGUGGCCGCGAGAGGGUGAACCUGGCGAGCCGGAUCUACGUGAUUGCCAGCGACGCCGCGGGAAACCUCUACGACCCCGUCCGCGUGGAGAACACCUGGCGGGACACCCAGCCCUUGGUGACGGUUGGGCCGGGCCCUGGGAAGCAGUUCGGUGACAGUGUUUUCGUGGGCCUUCCCAGCAAGUGGGAGGCGAAGCGUGCAGUGGCGGCGGCGGGCUUGAGGUGGCCGGCCGAUGGUCCUGAUUUUGACUACGGCCUGUUGGCUAUUCGGAGCACUGUCGCGGAGGCUGCGCCGUGGAUUGCUUUGGCGGUGGUGGGCGAGAGCGAAGGCGCUUCUACUCGAGUGGUUGCCCCGGAGGACCGCGAGAAUCCUUUGGAGGCCCUGGCCGUGCGCGUCUGGAUCGGCCGUCUCAGUGCCGAUUGGGGCCGCUACGUUGAGAUCGUGGAGAUUGGCGCGGCCGACCUGGAGCUCCACACGGCCUUCGGAGAGCCCCUGGAGGCCGAGCACGCUGAUUGCAUCCCGUUCGCCCCGGACUUGGUCCGGCUCCACUACCAGACCGCGGAGGAGGGCACUGGCGAGGAACCCACGCCGAGGCCGGCUCCUAACGAGGCUGCUCCAGCAUGGGCCACGCGAGUGGAGGAGCUCGAGCGUGGCAUGGGCGUCGUGCGCCGUGGAAUCCAGGAGAUCCUGGGCAAGCUGGGAAAGCCCGAGGCGAAAGCUCCGACCUUCAGCUCUUCGAGCUCGAGCCAGCCCG